AUGAGGCAGUCGAUCGGAACGGGAAUGUAUGGACGAAGCCUCACCGGAGCGGCCCAGCUGGGCUUGCUGGUGAUGCUGUUGGCACUGGUCGCUAAGUGUGACACCGUUCAACCAUCAUCAACCAACACUGGAGCAGCGCUGGAGCUUAUCCUGGACCGGAUCGAUUCCGUGCUGGAGCGGGUACUGUCGGCCGGUGCCUGUCGUCGGGAUGUGAACCGCACGCUGGAAGCUGCACAUAACCAGGAACAGUGGGCCGUUACAAUGUUGGACGCGACGGUAAAAUUUCCGGCCGCGAUCGAGCUCGGUGCACGCGAUCAUCUCGGCAGCUACGACGAAUGUCUCGGUGCGCCCGUGCGCUCCCAGGUGCCCGUACGAGCACAGUACUGUUUGGCACGCGUCUCAAUGACCGGAUACCAUGUGCGACCCAGAACAGGGCGCACCGUCAGCACGAACACGAGCUCAGCCGCGGUUCGGUGGGGUGUUUGUGUGCCGGCCAGCUGUACCGAGCGGGACGUGAGCCGGUUGCUGUCCGGUGUGACCGGGUACUCGGUGAGUGGUAGCGUUUGUCAGCAGCAGCCGGACCAGAGGCCCGGCGCACUCAGCGGUGCGCCCGGGUACGAUCGGAUGCAGAUCGUGUGUGCGUGUGUGCUGGUCGUGUUUGUGUUGAUGGUGGUGUUUAGCACGGUGUACGGUGUUGGGGGUGGCAGGGAGAGUAAGAGUGAGUGUGCCGGUGAAAAGACACCGACCGGUGAGGCAAUACUGAGAUCGUUCUCGGUGAUAGACAAUCUACGCAAGCUGGUACAGCUGUCGAAGGACGAUCAUGGGCUGGGAUGCAUCAACGGCAUUAAGGCGCUGUCGAUGAUGUUCAUUCUCGGUGGCCAUGCGCUGGUGUUUAUGGCCGGUGGACCGCUCCUCAAUCCAGGCUUCUUUCACGACCAGAGUCAACUGCUUCAGAAUGCGUUUCUGCUCAACUCACCGCUGCUAGUCGACACGUUUCUGCUGCUGAGUGGGUUUCUCUUUGCGAGGCUUCUGCUGAUCGAGCUGGACAAGCGACAGGGUCGGCUAAACUUUGGCCUGCUGUACGUGUUUCGGUACAUCCGGCUAACGCCGGCCUACCUGGCUGUGAUUGCGCUGUACGCAACGUGGCUACCGCGGUUAGGGGAAGGCCCACUGUGGAAAGAACGGAUCGAGCUGGAACAGGAGCGCUGUCAGCAGAGCUGGUGGCUGAAUGUGCUGUACGUCAACAACUACUUUGGCACCGACAGUGUUUGUAUGUUCCAGUCGUGGUAUCUGGCCACCGAUACGCAGCUAUUUGUGCUGGCACCGUUACUGCUCUACCCGAUGUGGCGUUAUGGUCAUCGGGUUGCGCUGACUCUGCUCGGAAGCAUCACCGGGGUGUCUAUCUUGGUACCGUUCAUCGUUACGUACACAAAGCAGCUCGAUCCAACGUUUAUGAUUUAUACUGAUGAAGUCAGCGAUCUGCAAGCAAACGACUACUUUGUGAACGUGUACGGCAAAACACAUCUGCGAGCGACCGCCUAUCUGUUUGGUCUGCUAGUGGGCUAUCUGGUGCACUGGAUGCAGAUCAAGAACGUACGAAUCGGGCGUCGAAAGCUAGCCCUGUGCUGGAUCGUCUCAACCGCGUGCGGUUGUUCCGCCAUGUUUUCGCUGACCGCGUUCUACACACGGCUCGGAACGGGCAACUAUCUGUAUAAUGCGCUGUACGCGUCCCUGCAUCGGUUUGGCUGGAGCUUCUCGAACGGGUGGCUUGUGCUGGCAUGCGUUACCGGCCACGGCCGAACCGUGAAGCGGUUCCUUUCCUGGCGCGCAUUUGUACCGCUCAGCCGACUCACGUACUGUGCGUAUCUAACGAACGGGCUGGUGGAGCUGUAUCUGUCAGCAUCUCGGCGCACCUCACUCUACGCAAGCAUCCCGACGCUGACUGCCGAGUGCAUCUCGCACAUGAUACUAACGUUCUUGCUAGCGUUAGUACUCUGUCUGAUGUUUGAGUCGCCGAUUCAUGGACUGGAGAAGAUUCUGCUGAGCCGUUACCGGCCGACCCACGCGAGCACCAGUACACGAGAGCCAGAAACGAACAGUUUGAGCACAAACAACACGCACAGUACAUCGGAGGAGGCAUAG